AUGUUAGCCUUAAGUUACCACUUUUGUUAAAAAUGGAGAUACCUACUGAUAUAGGAUAUGCUACAUUUGAAAUAUCAAAGGUCUCGUCAGAAAUGUCCUACUUUUAGAAAUAGCAGUUAGGUGGGAUCUUAAACACAGAUGCAGAGCUCACGGGGGAGGAAACGGCAGCCCACUCCAGCGUUCCUGCCUGGAGAACCCCAGGGACGGCGGAGCCUGGUGGGCUGCCGUCUAUGGGGUCGCGUAGAGUCAGACACGACUGAAGCGGCUUAGCCCCAGCAGCAGAGCUCACUCUUACAGGUGAGGGGAUAGGCACGUAAAGAAGUAGGCAACUUGCACAGGGUUGUCCGACCAAAUUGUGGUAGAGUCUGGCCUGAAAUCUAAAAGCAUUAACUAAAAAUUUACCCUGUAUUAGUAAGCAGUGACGCUAGUAAGACAAUUUCAACUUUGGGUAUUUAAUAAAUAUUUAAAAUGGAUUGAGACACUCUGCUGAAUAGAUAUGUUUCCCUGUUUGGAAUUCUAGAACAGUUCAGCUGGAGCGGAGGAAUGGGUCUGUGACUCUUGGCCAGAUCUAUCAUUGGACCCACUCUUAUAAAAGGUGACUGAGUCAGAGUUGGGGUCACUGCCUUGUAGAGGGAGCUUGAGGUAGGGAUACACUUGAGGAAAUAUAGCCACUGACCCUACUUUCUGCUUUGAGGUACCCAAGGAUGUGGCCCCUUAAUGCUGACUCAGUUCAGAACCAAGGAGAGUCUGAAGGUUGUAAAACAUUCCUUUAAAACAGGGUUGGCGAACUUUUCUUAAAGAGCUAGGCAAUGAAUAUUUUAAACUCUGAGAGCUAGGUGGUCUUUGUUAAAACUGGAGGCCUGUGCGCUUGUGUGAAAGCAACCGCAGGUAGUAUGGGAAGGAAUGGGCAUAGCUGUCUUCCAGCGGAACUCUUUACAAAAACAGGCAAGUAGCCGGGAGGUCAUAACUUGUCUGCCGCUGUCUUAAGCACAUUGGUGAUGUAAGCAUUUACAGAGGACUGAAAUUAGCCCCAGUUAAAAAAUCCCACAGACAGAGGAGCCUGGCAGGCUACAGUCUAUGGGGGUCACAGAAGUCAGGCACGACUUGAGUGACUUAACAUGCUUGCAUGCACAAAAGGAUUCUGGUCAUCUUGAUCGUGUGAGCUAUGAGUAGAGGCGUUUUAGGAUGACUCGUUAGUUUCUGACUUGGUGGAUGUGUGGUGUACCAUUGAUCAACAGCAGCCAUUUAGGAAGAAGUACAAAUUUCUUUGGUGGGACAUGUGCUAAGUUCAGGUUGGGAAUGUUGAGUUUUGAGGUGUGCUCAGAGGGAGGGUGUAGGGCAUCCAGGGCCCAGGAAUUCAAGGAAGCAGUUACUAUGAGACUCUCUAACCUGUUGACAGUAAAUUAUAAACAGUUGCAGCUCUGCUGUUUGCUGACUUUGAGUAGUUCCUUGGUGUCAUACUCUACUGAUAGCAACGUCAAUUGAUACAGUUUUUCUGAAAAUCAGUUUGUAUCAAGAACUUUACAAAUUCUUACCUUUUCUGAUGUGGUAAUUCUUUUGGGAAUUUGUGGUAAUUUUUUUCCCUCUAGAAUAUAGAUAGAUUUUGAAUAAAAAAAGUACAUUGUGUAGUCAGGUAAAAGUAUCUAGAUGCCCAAUAUUUGGGAAAUAGCUAAGUAAAUUUUCGUUGUGUAAGAUGGGAUGAUGAGCAGUCCUUUUAGUCGUUUGUCAUAUAGUCGUUUGAGAACUUUUUUCUGCCCUGGGAAAAUUAUUUUGAUAAGGAUGAAGAAUUUCAAGUGUUUCUAAAACUUUAAUAUCCAUGUGAGUCAUUUGAUGAUCUUGUUAAAAGGCAGAUUACAUUUCAGUAGGUCUCGCAUGGGACGGUGAUUCUCCACUUCCAAGUAACAUGCUGCAUUUUUGACUAGAAAGGUAUUAGAUUACUUUGUCUUAAACGACAGCAAUAAAGCAGAAAUAUGCCAAAGAGUUAGAAGUGCUUACCUCUAGAAGUGGAAUUAUUAGGAACUUACCCCCCACUGAGUACUUUUACUGCUCUGUAUUUUUCAUAGUUUCACUAUGUAUACAUUAAUUUUAUAAAUUAGAUAUACCUCUUAUAUUUGAGCUCUAAUUAUGUUUUAGGCACUGGGCUAAGAGUGUAGUGUGCAUUAUUUUGUUAUUUCGGUGAAGUGUGUUAGGUAGGCAGAGGGAUAUACUGGUAUUUGCCUCAUGGAGUUUUAUAGUGACUUGGUUUAGUGCCUGACACUUACUAAAUCUCAAUAAGUCAUAGCUUCUAUCAUUAUCAUCAUUGUUAUAUAUUCCUUGUUUAUGUAUAUGAGGCAGUUUAGGCACAGAGAAAGGAAGUAACUUGCCAAGAGUCACAUAGCAAAUAGGUAGCAUAACCUGGAUUUCAGUCCAGAUCUGUUGGACUCCAGAGGUCACUAUUAGACUGUCUCCAGGGGUUAUUAAAAAAAAAAAGACGCAGCAGCAACAAUUGGUACAUCCACUGUCAACUCCAGUUUACAUUAUCCCUAACCACCCUCAGAAUACCACCACACACAGUCUUCUAAAAAUGUGACCAGGUUUUUGCAUAAGUUUUGUCAAGGGUUUCUUCAGAAUCUCCUUAGAUGGGACUGUUCAGAAAUUAGACACUGAUUUGACAUAAGAAGAUAAAAAUGAGAGAAUUAUCCGGAUGACUAGAGGGAUUCACACAGCCAAAUGAAAAAGAAUAUUUUUCAUGUCCAUUUAGUACUGAGUAAGUGCUAUGAACGUUUAAAAGAAACACAUGAUGCAUUUAUGUAUUUAUUUGUAUAUGUAAAAUGUAAAGAAUGAUGUAGUGAACUUCUACCACCCAGUUUAAAAAAAAAACAAUAGCUUAUCAUUUUCCCCUCAAAGGACAUUUUUCUGGAUUUUCAUUUCCUUGCUUUCCUUGUAGUUUUUCUACGUAUGUUCAGUCCCUACAAUAUAUUGCUUAUUUUAAUAUAAGAUGAAAUUUGUACAUUAUGUAUUUUUCUGCAACUUGCUUUUUUCCAACAAAUAUUUUGUUCCUGAGUUUUAUCCAUUUUAUUGUGUGUAGCUGUAUUUAUUGAUUGUAUUCUGUUGUACAACUAUAUUGUAUUUUCUUUGUUCAGUCUAUUGGAGAUGGACUUUCUGGGUUGUUUCCAGAUUUUUUUCUUGUUAUUUCUUACAGUGCUGUGAUGAGACUUAUUCAUGUGUCAUGUGCCCAUUUGCAAGAGUUUCUUGAUUUUGUGUCUAAGCACCAGUAUGCAUGAGCGAGUGCACCGAACAGAAAGACAGUUUCGAUCACUCCCAGCUAAUCAACAGAAACUACUUCCUCAGUUUCUUCUUCACUUGGACAAGAUCCGGAAAUGUGUUGAUCAUAAUCAAGAAAUACUACUGACCAUUGUGAAUGAUUGCAUACAUAUGUUUGAAAAUAAAGAAUAUGGAGAAGAUGGGAAUGGAAAGAUUAUGCCAGCAUCUACGUUUGACAUGGAUAAGUUAAAAUCCACAUUGAAACAGUUUGUGAGAGACUGGAGUGAAACUGGGAAAGCAGAAAGGGAUGCCUGCUACCAACCAAUCAUUAAAGAAAUUUUAAAAAAUUUUCCAAAAGAGAAAUGGGAUCCUUCUAAAGUAAAUAUUCUGGUACCUGGUGCUGGACUAGGAAGACUGGCCUGGGAAAUAGCUAUGCUAGGUUAUGCUUGUCAAGGAAAUGAAUGGAGUUUUUUUAUGCUUUUUUCUUCCAACUUUGUACUCAACAGAUGUUCUGAAAUUAAUAAAUAUAAGCUUUAUCCCUGGAUUCAUCAGUUUAGCAAUAACCGGAGGUCAGCUGAUCAGAUUCGACCCAUCUUUUUCCCUGAUGUUGACCCCCACAGUCUUCCUCCUGGUUCUAACUUUUCUAUGACAGCAGGAGAUUUUCAGGAGAUAUACUCAGAGUGCAAUACCUGGGACUGUAUUGCUACCUGUUUCUUCAUAGACACAGCUCACAAUGUAAUUGAUUAUAUUGAUACAAUAUGGAAAAUACUCAAGCCAGGUGGAAUUUGGAUAAAUCUAGGUCCCCUGCUGUACCACUUUGAAAAUUUGGCGAAUGAACUUUCCAUAGAAUUGAGCUAUGAGGAUAUAAAAAAUGUUGUUCUGCAGUAUGGAUUCCAGUUAGAGGUGGAAAAAGAAUCUGUCUUGUCAACGUAUACUGUGAAUGAUCUAUCCAUGAUGAAAUACUACUAUGAAUGUGUUUUGUUUGUGGUGCGUAAACCACAAUAACAGUCUCAAGUGAUUAUCAUCAAGAAAAAAGUUUAAUAUUAAAUGCUGAAAUAAACAACUCAAAAUCAACUAUCAUAAUGACAGGACACAACCUCAAAUCAGUGGUGCCUUCUUAUUCCUAACAAAAUUUAGAAAUAGUGUCUAUUUUCUUAAUAUGUCUAUCGCUUUUUCAGAAAUAUACUAUGCCAUGCAUAUUUGUACUACACAAGUAAAAAUGGAGGAAAUGUCUUCAAGUAUACUUUUUCCUUGAAGCCCAGAAUUAUCUUUCAGUAGAAAAAACUUUAUUUCCAGUGUCUUUAUGAAGCUGUCCGUUAGGUCUGCCAUAUGAAUAACUUAUAGUAUUGCAAUCCAUAAAAAUCUCCCUUUUUGUUGUUUUGUAUGCAUCAUACAUGUUAAGAGUCUAAGGAUCCUCUGUCACUUUCAUCAUCUGGAAUUGGGAUUUUGUUUACUUUGAAUCUAAGCAAUCUACACAGAAAAUGCAUAUCCUUUUAUCAUUCAAAUUAUUUUAUUUUCUAGCUCAGCUGGACUUAUAGUUAGCAUCAAACAUUUCAUCUUUACAAAAUGUUGAGUUUAUAGGAUCAAAUUAGCCUUUUGGUCACACUAAGUUGAACACUUUGAAAGCAUACUCAUCAUGGAUCACUCUGAAAUAUAUGAGAUCUCAGCAUUCUAAGUGAGGCACAAAAGUAUUUAUUAAAGGUACUGCUAGGAAACUGGGAAAAUAAGAAUAAAAUCUGUCCAUUUGAAAUGUAUGAUUUCAAACUAUAAAUGAAUACACUUUGUCAGCUGGAUGUUUACAAUAAUGUCUUUCCUUUAGAUUACCUGAAUUACAAAAGCAAGCACUUUUUUUUUUCCGUUAAAACAAUUAUAUACUAGUAAAAACUGUCAUGAUAGUAUUAAUGUGGAGAAAUUUUCAUUAUGAAAUUUAGGGAUAAAUUACUGCCCAUGGUCUGUGUAUUUAAUAUUGUAAGCAGCAGCCAUUAGUAUAAUUCCAGAUUAGUAUCCAUUUUGUUCCCUGAUAGCUAUAGCUAAAACAGUAUAUGCUGCUUUAAAUUUCUACCUCUAGCAGAUCUUUUUUGGAGGGAGUUUUCCUUUGUAUUUUUUAAUGUUUAUUACCCUGUUUUCCAGUAGCUUGAUAAAUAGAUGACUAAUUUAAUGUGUUUUAACCUUUUCUUGGAGAAAAGGGAGUAAUAUUGAAUAUUUUCAUAGAUGGUUGUGAUGACAUUAAGUGACCUCUGUGGCAAUUUUAAUUAAAUAGACUUAAUCUCAAUAAUGUGCUGGUAACAUAAAUGUCAUGUUUUCAUAGGAAAACUUAUUUAUAAAUCUUUACACCUUUAUUUUCAGUUAGGUGAGGGGAGUCCUGGUGUGAUUUGGCAUCUUACCAGUAGGAUCUUUUCUACAUACACUACAGGAGUGCCUGUGGCCUUUAUGUCCAUGAUGCAAUAAAGGAUUCCAUUAAGUUGAUUUGUCAAGUUAUAGACACCUGUAUGUAACCUACUGAAUGUUUCUGAAAAACUAUUUCUCUUUAUUUUGUGUUCCUGAGUACUUGGCAGAUGUUCAUUUAGUGGGAAUUCUUACCUACCACAUGGAUGAACUUGAAAUUAAUUGCAAGGGAAAAACAAACUUAUUUUCUUUUAAAGAAAGAAACUUAAAAGGAGCAUAAAUAUUUCUAAAAAGCUAUUGAAAGGAAUGCAUGCUGUUUGUAAUGUAGAAAUGCUUUUUAUUCACUGAUAAGUAUUCACUUUUUUACAGCUUGUAUCAAAUGAUUUUGGUUUUCUCAUAAAGGGAAAAACAGGUUGACACCAGUGGGUUGGUAUUAUUCCUUAAAAUUUUUGCUAUCAGGUUUUAUCCUUUAAUAAUGUUAUUUGUACUUCUGAAUUACAGCUUUUAGUUAAUUAUGAAAUCAGUUAUUUCAUUUCUUGAUUUCUCCAUAUUAUGAACGCUGUUUUUAAAAUAUACUACACAAAUUUGCAUCCCUUUUUUUCUCUCAUAGCUUUUGUAGUUAAUACAUUCUAAACUUGAAAAUUGUGGUAUCAAUCAAUAAUAGAGGUGUCACUGGAGGAUUUAAUUUUGUAUUAUGUGUAGAAAUAGCUACUAAAAUGUGUAAGCCUUAAAGUUUAAAACAUUUUUCUUAAAUAACUAUACUCAGAUUUUUCAUUUAUUUUCAUAAAGUGGGAGGAGAUAGGUCAUUGUGCUUGCUUUUGUUUUUUUUUUUUAUUUCCAUAAUCUGAAGCAGUACAGGCUAGGGUAUGUUAAUCAAGUGAGCAAGAUGAGAUAUGUAAAAUAUGAAGAGAAGCUGUAUAAAUCACAGUAUAAAAUUAUUAAGUUUGGGAACUGUAAAAUGUACUGUAUUUAUAUGUAACUCACUCGAAAAGUUGCCACAAAGGCUGACUUGGAAGCUUCAUGUCUGCAUGAAAUUUCCUAUAUUUUUAAUGUGUAUGAUGGACUUAAUUUUUCUUGAAUAUUAAAAUCUGACAAUUGCUAUGAAACUGUA